AUGUCACCGACUGGUGACCACCACAGCACAAGUGCACCCAUGGUCGGCUGCCCACCAAGCAGAGCUGGCUGCUUUAGGAGGGUAUCGAUGGCAUUUGAAAGGCACCGGAGCGCUGCGGCCAGUCUGACCCUGCGCUGCCCCGGCCUUUCAGCACCAGGCCUUUCAGACACUGGUGGACAAUACCGACUGCCCUCCGGCCUCCGAAUGGCCUCUGAGCCGAUUAUGAACCGGACCUGCCACAGAGGGACAGAGCCGCGGCCCUACACCACCCACAGCCAACAAACCCCUCCUUCCCUCUUGCUGGGCCUCUGGAGGAACCACCAGGGGCCAAGGUCAGUGGCCAGGCUGACCUCUGAUCUCCCGCCAUGUUUGGACACGUCCAAACACAAAGCGAAGCCCGAGGCAGCUGAUUAG